GAGGUGGAACAGCCAGUGGUCCAACAAGUAGUGGCACCACAACCACCCGUCUAUUAUCCUGUUUACUAUCGGCGACGAUGUUUUUCGGGUGAUACGGUUGUCAUUACUGCUCAAGGUAACAAAACGAUGCGUCAGUUACAAAUUGGAGAUUAUGUUCUUACUAAAGAAGGUGAUUCGGUGCGAUAUACUACAGUGAAAUCUUUCCUUCAUCGUCUACCAAAUCAGGCAACUGACUUUCUCUGGCUGCAACUCUCUGAUGGAAAUUCGCUGAAAAUCACACCAUAUCAUUUCGUUUAUCGCACUCAGUGCAACAGUAAGAGGCCAACUAUUCAUAUGCUUUAUGCAAAUGAGCUGCAAGAAGGCGAUUGCUUGUUCACUGUCAAUUCUACGCUUGGUUCGGGUAAAGCUUAUUUGCUGUCGAAGAAGGCAGUAACAGAAUUUGGUGCCUAUGCACCGCUCACUGAAUCCGGAGAUAUCAUUGCCAACAACGUUUAUGUAUCUUGCCAUGGCCAUCUCAGGCCAAGCCAUUUGGCUCAUACAUUCGUUUAUUGGAUGCAAGCAAUCCAGCGAUGGUUCUCUGGCGAAAAAUCACAAAAAAGGAUCGAUUUGCCUUUUGGCACACACUUCUUCCUGGAAAUACUCGAGUAUAUCAUUCCGCUUUCAUAA